AUGUCAGUCGACGCUCGCACAGCGUACCCGGCCAGCCGACCGGCUCCCAACUUGCAGGAUGAAUCAGAUGUUGAAGAAGAGGCACUCGUGAACAAUUAUAAGGAGCAAGUACACUUCGACGAUGGAAUGAGUGAAUUGGAUCGCACCACCUCGUUAGGAAGUGCCUCGCAGGCACAGGGUAUCCAAGCGCAGCUGGCGGCGGCAGCGACUCCGCUCGAGUUCCAGGCGACCCUUGAGACCAAGUUUGCGAGCUACGAUAAUUACUGCAAUCUGUUCCAUUAUAUUUUAAACUCUGAUGGGCCGGUGGAUUUGGAAGUGCCUUCUUAUUACUGGGCUUGGGACGUGAUUGACGAGUUCAUCUAUCAGUUUGAAUCAUUUUGUCGUUAUAGAAACCGGGUUGCCCGUACCGGAUCGAACGAGGAGGAAGCACAGCUGCUCCGGGAAAAUCCCAACACUUGGGGAUGCUAUUCCGUACUCAACGUCCUCUACUCCCUCAUUCAACGGUCUCAAAUUAGCGAGCAACUGGCAGCCAUAAAGCUCAACGAGGACCCCAUGGCCGUUGCUGGGGAGUAUGGGUCUCGCCCUCUUUAUCGCAUGCUCGGAUAUUUCUCGAUCAUUGGCUUGCUACGGGUCCAUUGCUUGUUGGGUGAUUUUAGCUUGGCUCUCAAGACUCUUGACGAUAUUGAGAUGAACAAAAAGGCAAUGUUCGCACGGGUCAUGGCCGCCCACUUCACCACGUACUACUACGUUGGUUUCUCAUACAUGAUGAUGCGCCGCUACGCGGACGCCAUCCGCACCUUCAGCCACAUCCUGGUCUACGUCUCAAGAACCAAGAACUUCCAAAAGGGACGGGAGAGCUAUGACGCGAUUGCGAAGAAGAACGAUCAGAUCCUUGCGCUCGUCGCCAUUUGCGUCGCUUUCCACCCAACCCGUUUGGAUGACACUAUCCACUCCGCCCUGCGUGAGAAGUACGGAGAUCAGCUCACUCGUCUCCAGCGUGGUGGACCAGAGGCGCUCCCACUAUUUGAAGAACUUUUCCGUUCUGCUUGCCCCAAAUUCAUCAGCCCAACUCCACCUGAUUUCGAAAACCCAGGACUCAACGUCGACCCAGUUGACCAUCAUACCGCCAUCUUCAUGGACGAAGUUCGCAAUACCCUUUACAACCCAACUGUGAAAUCUUACCUGAAACUUUACACCACCAUGGAUUUGAAGAAGCUUGCUGGUUUCCUUGAUGUCGAACCUGAGCAACUUCGGUCUUGGCUUCUCGUGAACAAGCUCCGCAGCAGACAGGUAAGAUGGUCGGAAGGAGGUUUGUUGGAGGGCGAAGUCGUCAACUCUGGUGAUUUGGAUUAUGCGAUUGAGGGCGACUUGAUUCAUAUCAGCGAGGCCAAGGCUGGUCGAAGACUGGUGGAUUGGUAUUUGCGCAACCUUGCUAGGACUUAUUGA